UGUUUUUGGGGGUGGAGAAGAGUAAUGGGAAUGACGGUGUAUGUAAAGUCUCUUGACUUAGAGUAGUUUCGUGAUCUGUGAUAGAGCUUGAAAAGUUGGAAUCGAAUCGCAUGGAUCGUAAGAUCCGGAGCGUAGCUGAUAGAGGGCGUCGGCAUGGCAAUCGUAGUGCGCGUGUUGUUUACUAGGCGCCAUCGCAGUUCCUAUCGUGGAUCUGGCCACCUACCACAAGCAUUGAACAGAGAGAGGCAGCGCCCCUAACGGCGAGUCGAGCGAGUACUCGGACUGAGCGAGACCAUUACGUUUGGGACUGUUAAUGUCCACCGGCCAGAGCGGCUCGGAGUGGUGCGAGCGAGUUGAGUUUGAGUGUGUGUAGUGCCUGACUGCCUGGGUGCGUUUCUGGCGCCCAGAUCCUGCUAUCUAUUUAUCGGGCGACAAAUGUUAACUUGACCGUCACUACGGAACAUCUAGACGGAGUGGACUGUGACAAGGGCUCGGGGCGACCGCUACCGCAGCCGGGACAUAUUGGACCAAGGCAUAAAAUCUAGCUGUGAGAAAUGGCUACGAUAGACGGCCGUCCCGCGCAAUAUGGAAUUACCCUGAAACAGUUACGCGACCUCAUGGAACAUCGAGGUCGCGAAGGAGUAAAUAAAAUAUCUGAGUUUGGAGGAGUACAAGAAAUUUGUAAGAAAUUAUACACAUCGCCCAGUGAAGGUCUUAGCGGGUCACAGGUGGACCUUGAACAUAGAAGAGAAACAUUCGGAUCAAACUCAAUUCCUCCCAAACCUCCAAAAACUUUUCUUCAAUUAGUAUGGGAAGCUUUACAAGACAUCACUCUCAUUAUUCUGGAAGUAGCAGCCAUUGUGUCUUUAGGUCUUUCUUUCUAUCAGCCGCAACAAGAAGAUGUCCCUUUUGACGAUGAUGAAACUAGUCAUGGUUGGAUUGAGGGUUUAGCUAUUUUAAUCUCCGUUAUCGUAGUAGUCUUAGUAACAGCAUUUAACGAUUAUACGAAAGAAAGACAAUUCAGAGGUCUUCAGAGUCGAAUCGAGGGAGAACAUAAAUUUGCUGUGAUUCGACAAGCUGAAGUAAAGCAAGUUUCCGUUAGCGACAUAGUUGUAGGUGAUAUUUGCCAGAUAAAAUACGGUGAUCUUUUACCGGCAGACGGCAUCCUAAUCCAAUCCAAUGACCUCAAGGUGGACGAAUCUUCUCUUACGGGCGAGUCAGACCAUGUGAAAAAGGGCGAAAAUUACGACCCUAUGGUCUUGUCUGGCACUCACGUGAUGGAAGGUUCAGGAAAAAUGUUGGUUACUGCGGUUGGUGUCAACUCCCAGGCAGGUAUCAUCUUUACACUACUAGGAGCAGCAGUUGAUGAACAAGAAGCCGAAAUUAAGAAAAUGAAGAAAGAAGCUAAAAAGCAGCGGAAGAAGAAAAGUCUAACAGGUGCUGAUGAUGAAAACGUAACUGGUAACAGUCAUAUGAAUUCUCCCGCACCGGUCCCAAACAAGCUUAAUGAAACCACUCAAGAAUCCAAAGAGAAUCACGUAUCAUCACCACCGGCGUCGGCGGAGAGUCACAAGAAAGAAAAAUCGGUUCUUCAAGCAAAAUUGACUAAGCUUGCCAUUCAGAUUGGAUAUGCCGGUUCUACAAUUGCCGUUCUCACUGUUGUAAUUUUGAUAAUUCAAUUUUGUGUUAAAACCUAUGUUGUUGAGGGACAUUCAUGGCAGAAAACUCACGCAAGCCACUUGGUGCGUCAUUUAAUCAUCGGUGUAACUGUACUCGUCGUGGCAGUACCAGAAGGUUUGCCUCUUGCUGUUACGCUUUCCUUAGCUUAUAGUGUCAAGAAAAUGAUGAAAGAUAACAAUUUAGUAAGACAUUUGGACGCUUGUGAAACCAUGGGUAAUGCUACUGCAAUUUGUUCGGACAAAACCGGAACUUUGACUACCAAUCGGAUGACUGUUGUGCAAUCUUACAUCUGUGAGCAGUUGUGUAAAUCUAUGCCGAAAUUUUCUGAUAUUCCUGCACAUGUCGGAAAUACAAUUCUUCAGGGUAUUGCUGUUAACUGCGCAUACACAUCACGAGUUAUGCCUCCGGAUGAUCCAACCGACUUACCCAAGCAAGUUGGCAACAAAACUGAGUGUGCAUUGUUGGGAUUCGUUCUCGGUCUUGGCAAAAAUUACCAAACGAUCCGUGAUGACUACCCUGAGGAGAGUUUUACCCGCGUUUAUACAUUUAACUCUGUGAGAAAAUCCAUGAGCACUGUCAUCCCCAGAGCGGGUGGUGGAUAUAGAUUGUUCACAAAAGGUGCUUCUGAAAUGAUUUUAAACAAGUGUGCCUUCAUUUACGGUCACGACGGCCGUUUAGAAAAGUUCACCAGGGACAUGCAAGAACGUUUGUUGAAGCAAGUUAUCGAACCAAUGGCUUGUGAUGGUCUUAGGACAAUUUGUAUCGCUUUUCGCGAAUUCGUACCGGGCAAAGCUGAAAUCAAUCAAGUACACAUAGAAAACGAACCAAAUUGGGAAGAUGAAGAUAACAUUGUCAAUAAUUUGACAUGCCUUUGCGUUGUCGGAAUUGAAGAUCCUGUACGUCCCGAAGUACCUGACGCCAUCAGAAAAUGUCAGAAAGCCGGUAUUACAGUUAGAAUGGUCACUGGUGAUAAUCUUAACACAGCCAGAUCUAUCGCAACCAAAUGUGGUAUCGUCAAACCUAACGAAGAUUUCCUCAUUAUCGAGGGUAAAGAAUUCAACAGACGUAUCCGAGACAGUACUGGAGAAGUUCAACAACAUCUACUUGACAAAGUAUGGCCUAAAUUACGUGUACUUGCACGUUCCUCUCCGACUGACAAAUACACAUUAGUCAAAGGUAUAAUUGACAGCAAAGUAAACGAAAAUCGUGAAGUAGUCGCAGUAACUGGUGAUGGUACAAAUGACGGUCCUGCGUUGAAAAAAGCCGAUGUUGGUUUUGCCAUGGGUAUCGCUGGUACUGACGUGGCAAAAGAAGCUUCUGACAUUAUUCUGACUGAUGACAACUUUAGCAGUAUCGUAAAAGCAGUCAUGUGGGGACGUAACGUUUAUGACAGUAUAGCUAAGUUUCUGCAGUUUCAGCUUACUGUUAACGUUGUAGCUGUUGUUGUAGCAUUUAUUGGUGCCUGUGCUGUUCAAGACAGUCCUUUGAAGGCUGUCCAAAUGCUGUGGGUUAAUUUAAUUAUGGAUACUUUAGCUUCUCUCGCUUUAGCUACUGAACUUCCCACAAAUGAUUUGUUAUUGAGAAAGCCAUACGGAAGGACUAAACCUUUGAUUUCGCGGACGAUGAUGAAGAAUAUUCUUGGACAAGCAGUUUACCAGUUAACUGUAAUUUUUGCUCUUCUUUUUGUUGGGGACAAGUUGUUAGAUAUUGAAUCUGGACGUGGAACUGAGCUUGGUGCCGGACCUACACAGCAUUUUACUGUUAUCUUUAAUUCUUUUGUAAUGAUGACUCUCUUUAAUGAGUUCAAUGCGAGGAAAAUUCACGGACAACGCAACGUAUUUGAGGGAAUAUUCACCAAUCCAAUUUUCUAUACAAUUUGGAUUGGCACAUGUGUGGCACAAAUUCUCAUCAUUCAGUAUGGUAAAAUGGCUUUUGCCACUAAAAGCCUGACCUUGGAGCAGUGGCUCUGGUGCCUCUUCUUCGGUUUAGGAACGUUGCUUUGGGGACAACUUGUUACUACAGUUCCUACUCGUAAAAUACCCAAGAUUCUUUCUUGGGGUCGUGGCCAUCCUGAGGAAUAUACUGAAGCAAUUGCCAUUGGUGAAGAAAAGUUCGAUGUAGAUUCAGAUAAGAAGCCCAGAGCUGGUCAGAUAUUGUGGAUCCGCGGUUUGACUAGGUUGCAAACGCAGGUGAUAGGUGGUGAAUUGCAAGAACGUUUGAUUCCGGUUCCGUACAGCAAGAGCUCCACUGACCAAGCUGUGGGGCAAAAUCACAUCCGAGUAGUUAAUGCUUUCCGUCAGGGCCUAGAUGCUCGGUACGGCGAACACAGCAAUACUUCCCUUGCCGAGGUACUCCGCAAACAGACAUCACUCUCUAAGAGGUUGUCUCAGACUUCUUCCAUUGAGUAUGCCGAUAACAUCCCAGAUGAGUUGACGAUCCCCGAAAUAGACGUGGAGAGAUUAUCCUCUCACAGCCACACAGAAACGGCUGUUUAGCUCCCAGCCCGUUACCUCUUCCUCGCGCCGCGAUCCCGUCCUGCCUGCUCUGCUCCAAACAACCAAAUUCAUACUCAAUGACCCGCUGAUCCAAACCGAACCUAACCGAAUAUCAACUAACUUGUACUUAAACACCUAUAACAGCCGCGUACGAGCAGCUACAGGGUACUCCAAACAACUAAAUAACAUAAAGCAUCUCAGCCAGCGACGAUUCGCUUAAGUGUCCGGCACCGAACACCUUUGCUGGUUGCUAGUAGCCACGUACGAUCGCGCAAUUAUAUUCACAUACCAUAUAAUGAAUCUCAACCUUAUCUUGUCUAUCAUAUUUAUAAUUGCACUGAUUGUGAAUUGCAUUGCUCGCGCGUUUGUUCGUUAAUUUGUUGUUAUCUAGUGGACAUUGAGUGUCUCGUUUCGUUUUGAUUUUCAAAGACAGGAUCCGUGCUGGCGACAUGAACUAUAUUGAUUAGCAAUAAAUGAGCGAUCGAGAGUUCGCUCAUAGCGUUUAAUUAGGUGCCUAGGUGAGAGGCUCGCCACCAGUGGAUGGGACUCUCACAAGACGAGGACGCGUGUUGUUAUCCGUCGUGCACUCUAGCAAGGUCCGCCGCGUCGACUAGGAGUUAUUAAUUUUUGUUAAAAUUAUUUUCCUCCUCGUGCACCGUCCUCGUGGCUUGCUCUUGCUCAGCUAAAACUGCGCGCGUCCUCGUCUUAACUCACGAGCCGCCGUCGCCGAUCCGCUGGACCUGAAGCGCACACCGGCGUGGGCGACCCGUCCUAUCUUAUUAUUAUUAUUAUUAUCAUUAUUAUUAUUAUUAAAGAGGAAAAAAUAAAAAUAAAAACUGUAGGUAUCAGAUGUUGUCUGCCAAAUGUUGGAGGAGAGGCAAUAACCACACGCAGUUAUAGAUUUUAGUCUUUAUAAAUAUAUAGUUAUAUCGUUAGUCGAAUUACUGCUUCUCCUCGCCUUCUUCUGUUGUAAUCUAGGUCUAACUCUGACUUAGUUAUUACGUAGAUAGUCUAGCGGUGAACACUAGAUAUACAUAAAUACAUAUUAAGAUGAUGAUACUGUACGAGGUACAGCCUCGACCUCAGAGAUUAAUUUGUUUUAUACUUUAUCUAAAUGUAUUUUAAUUGACGGAAAUUUUGAAAAAGAGAGAUUAUUCAACUAAACUUGAACAAAAAAGAAACAAACAGUACAGUACUCUAAAGUUAUUUAUUACGUACGUACGUAGAGUUAGCAGCUGUGUAUAAUGGCGCGUCGGUAUGUCGAGCCGUGACCAAACAACUCUUCUAGUCGGUGACGGUACUUAGUAUCUUCGGCCUUAGUAACUUAGCAAGUACCUGCAGUUUGAUAUUUGUUAUGUUUCGGUCUUGGUUCGUUGCCACCGACGAGCUCGCGCACACAUUUAUACACUACUCCGUAUCGGAUCCAUCGGUUAAGAUGUUCGAAAAAAUUCGCAAGACACAAAUAUGUAUAUCAAAAAUGAUCGAUUUGCAUCGUACGGUUUUUGGGCGAAUUGCGCACCUUCGCCGCCGUCCAACUUUAAAUCGUCUCAUUUUUGUACUUAUUUGUGGUCAAUAGAACAAACGAACAUCUCGUCGGCUAAAUUUCCAAGUGUUGACUUGUCAGUCAUACCAUCGAACCGUUCCCCUCGUCAUUCUAGUCAGUCAGUCAGUCAGUCAGUCAGUAAAAAAUAUUCAUUUGUAACAAUUGAGGGUCGGCGACGGUGGUUGGAUCUUGGAAGUGAAGUCGUUCGCGGACCGGACGUGCUCUUUCACGAUAGAUUCGUGAUAGUGCGCGUUCCUAUUACUAUGUAAUAUAAUUUACUUAUGUUAUAAUUAAUAUCUAUCUGUGGUUCGUCACGCCCUUGCCCAUCAAACUCCAUACACUUCUAGUUGAUCAAACGAACCGCAAUCAUUUACCAAUCAUUACCUCGUUUGUUUUUUGUAGUUGUACACUUAAAGUAAAAUUUUAUUGAUAUAAAUCGAAGGGGUGUUAGUUGAUAGCCGAAAUAGCGGGCGGAUCUCAGUUGGCGCAACCGAGGUCCGCUGGUACUAUACGGAUACAGGCCAGAAGCAGUAGCAGACGCAGAUAUUGAUAUAAGAUAUGAUAAGUCUCGAUUAUGCCGAAUUUUGUCAAACGUGGCAUUUUAAGUUGAAUGUUGUUAUUUGUAAUUUAUAAUGGUACAAUUAAAUCGUUAUCAUGUUAUGGUUGUUAUUUUAUACGAACUCGCCUCUCGCGCAAUUCGCGCAUACUCGCGCCACUGGCUGGUCCGGUGGCUCAAGAUCGAACUAAAGGUGGAUCGGAGUACGGCCGUGACCAUUCUACCUAAUUAAGUUUUAUUGUCUGUCUGUGCUUUUAUUUAUAUAAUAAAGGUAUUUUGAGCUUUAAAUUAAAGAGAGGUGAAUAACAUGCUGUUAAAGUGUUUUAAUGAUUCCAUUUCAGGAUCGCCUGUAAAUUAUUUUAUUGUUGUGAAAGGCCUUUUUUAUUACAUUUGUUCUGUCAGAUAUUUUUCAAGUUCAUAUGAAUGUUUGUUCUUCAACGUUGUAAUAUAAUUUAAAGAAUUUACAAAAUGCUAUGAAUAUUUUCAUAUUAAACAUGAAUUUUAAAAUAUAAUCACGCAUAUAUAAUUAACACUGCAUUUUAUUUAAUAACCUCACCUCUCUAUAUAUAUUUUUGAUUCACACUCACGUUUUUUUUACCAUUUGUCUUUCAUUUCUUCAUUCAAUUCAAAUUGAUACAAUUCUCUUAUUAUUUUUUCGUUUCUUAUCUAUCUACAUAACACAAUCAUUAAUUUGUAUCUGAUUAAGAGCAAAAAGAAAACUACCAACAAUUUAAAUAAAACAAUUAGCUAAUAAGUUACAAAAUACUAAUAAAAUAGAAUGUAACAUAAACUAAUGGAAAUGUUCUAUACUUAUUUAAAUUGUAAACAGUUUUCACUGGGGAUCCGGCGCAGUAUGUGCGAACCCCAAUUUUUGGAGAGCAGCCUUAAUAUCUUUGUAAACUGUUGGAUCUUCUACAGUGCCCGAAAUCUAUAAUAAAGUUGUUAUUAAUAAAUUCGAUUUAUCAUUU